AUGGUCAAAGAGUGGAUUAGUAACCACAUACCUAUUUUUGGAGCUUACCUAGAAACUCACAUACAACCUUCUAAUACAAGCAGGAUAUCUAAUUCUAUUCCAGUAAGAUGGAAGUUUUUUGAGAACUCGAGUUCACAUGAGGCAGCGAGGAUUGUUGUUGGCUGGCAUCCUUCUGUGACUAUGACGAUUUAUCAGUCCACUCCACAAGCUGUCACUUGUGGUAUUGUUUUACUCUCGGAGAACAUCAAUCUAACGGUGACCUUCGUAUAUGCGUAUAAUCAAGUGGAGGACAGACUGCAGUUGUGGAAUGAUCUUGCUACCUUGAAUGCUACAACACCGGUCGCUAACUACCCUUGGGCAGUGCUUGGUGAUUUUAACCAAAUAUUGAGAGAUGAACACCACUCCGAUCAUCUCAGCCUCAAUGUGGAUGUUACAGGAAUGGAUGACUUCAACUUGGCUAUCCAGGAAGCAGAUCUUUUUGAGGCUCAAUCUAAAGGUCUGUGUUAUACUUGGUGGAAUAAUCAGGAUAAUAACCCGGUCUCAAAGCGAAUUGAUCACGCCCUCAUCAACCAGCAUUGGGCAACAAAGUUUCCUGACUCUUUUUCGGAAUUCCUUGAACCCUUGGAAUCAGACCAUGCUCCCUGCUUGAUGCACGUACCAUCUCUCCAAAGACGGGUAGUGAAGCCAUUUAAAUUUUUUCACCAUAUUAUGGACCACCCGGACUACUUGGAUGCUGUUAAGAAUGCUUGGAACUGUGAUCAAAUCCAAGGAACAAAUCAGUUUAAGCUUGCUCGAUCCCUCAAGUUUCUGAAGUCGGUUUUGAGGAAUCUUAAUAAAACUCACUUCAGUGGAAUUACUCAACGAGUAAAAGAGCAGGCUGGAAAGGUUUCUGACCUACAGAGGCAACUGUUAUCUCAGCCAUCUGCUGCCACUGCCAGGUUAGAGCAUGCAGAACAAAAUGGCACGUUUUCAUCAAAGCCGAGGAGAAGUUCUACCGUCAGAAGUCAAGGGUUCAAUGGCAUCAUCUUGGGGACAGAGAUACUAACUUCUAUCACAGGACAGUGGUUCAACGUGCAAACCGGAAUCAUAUCCAUUAUCUUCGGGACUCGGCGGAUAAUCUCAUUGGGUCAUCAGAGGCAAUCAAGUGUCACUCUGAAGAAGUCUCAGUGUCUUGAUCUUCAGAAGGAGAUAAUAGAUGAGGAGGUUACCAAAACCAUCUUCAGUAUGCCGCUCAACAAAUGUCCAGGUCCAGAUGGAUACUCUGUCGAAUUUCUCAGGUCCUCAUGGAGUGUGGUCGGCAAGGACGUCACUGCUGCAGUCAGAGAAUUUUUCCGUAAUGGAAGACUUCUAAAGGAUAUCAACAACACAACCAUUGCUCUCAUUCCAAAGUGCACACAGGCUUGUAAGUUGGGUGAUUUCAGACCUAUUUCUUGUUGUAACACUGUGUACAAGAUAAUCUCCAGGAUUAUAUGCAACAGACUGAAGCCGGUUUUGAGUUCAGCCAUUAGUCCCAACCAAGCGGCCUUUCUGAAAGGAAGGAGCCUGGGUGAAAAUAUCCUACUAUCCUCUGAGCUUGUUAGGAAUUACCUCAAAGCAACCUGCCCCAAAAGCUGUAUGCUCAAGGUGGAUAUACGCAAGGCUUUUGACACUGUGUCUUGGGACUUUGUGCUGAAAAUGCUUAAAGCUCAAGACUUUCUCCCCUUGUUUAGAACAUGGAUCGCAGAAUGUGUCUCCUCCCCGCGCUUCUCAAUCUCAAUCAAUGGAGAACUAGCAGGUUUCUUCAAAGGAAAUAAAAGCCUCCAUCAAGGAGACUCCAUAUCUCCAUACCUCUUUAUUAUCGUGAUGGAAGUUCUCUCCAAGUUACUGGAGCAGGCGGUGGAUGAGGGCAAGUUUCGCUUACACCCGAAGUGCUCAUCUCCCAAGCUUACACACCUCCUCUUCGCCGACGACUUGCUGGUAUAUUCGGACGGUUCCAGACACUACUUAACUGGUAUUUCCUUAGUCAUGAAUGAAUUCAAGUUGUGA